AUGACUGCGACAGCAUCAGAGCUAAAGGGCAUAUUCAGGCCCCAUAACGAGUGGGACGACAAGAUUGCCGCCAGGUUGACCGAUAUCUGGGUCAACAAGUCCGCUUCGUGGACGGAGAAGACGAGGAUGGAAUUCAAAGCCCUCUGUGCCGACGCCCGCAUCACACGCGGAACAAUCACCCCCUCCAGUCACAAGAUCCACCGAAAAAUACGCAACCGCAAGGCCACAGAGGCCGAGUACACCGUCCUCUCCGCCAUGUUUGGCAGCCAAGUUAUACAGAGGCUUGUCCUGGGGGUUGAAAAUAAGGAGCAGGAUGCUGCACUCCCCUUGGAAAUGGGCGUCAUCACGCAGGAGAUAAGAAAACUGCUAAGAACGACUUGGGGCAACAAAACCGAUGCCCCAGGUCUCGCCCGGUCGCCCACAAGCUCCAUUGUCGAGGUCCCUACUGCUUCGAUGCGACAGAGAGUAGACAACGAAAAUGAGCUGCAAUCCCCAUCGCCCAAGGAAAAUGCCUCCAACGCCCCCUCGUUCAGCAAAGCACUAGGCAUCCAGAUACGACUAAACGAUGAAGAAGAUGAAGAAAAUGCCAGGCACAAGGGCGAUGUCAAAUCACACACUGCUGCGCUGCGUGGCAUGGAGCCCGGCGUAAGCUCAGAUGGAGUUGACGACGGACCAGCCAGACACCGCACAGGGGAAGCAAAGAGCACAAUGCCUAGCUUUUUGGUAGCUGGCAUAGCUGCAGAUGAAGCCGCCGACUGGAGAGCGCAAAGGGAAGCUCGAAAAGGGCCUGGAGCAAGCCGUAAGCGCAAGCCAGGUCGAACCGAAGGACCGCCGGGCGAAUCGCCCAGCAAAAGAACCCCCCAAACAGAAAAAGAUCCGUGGGAGACGUUACAGCGUGCCAGUCCCACAAAGGAGCUGAGAGAGAAGCUCGAGGCAUUGGAAGGGCGUUGUGCGGCGCAGGACGAGAGAAUGGCAAGGAUCGAGGAGACGUUUUCCAGCCAAGACGAGCAACUCAAGACGCUGCGACAACAGAUUGACACAGUCGCCCGUUAUUUAACGCGGAAUGCCUAG